AGUGCGGGAUCCUCCCAGGCUCGCCUCCUGGGCCCCGGCCCCGCCCCCGGGCUGCUUCCUGGGUAUGGCUCUGCCUCCACGUCGCCUCUGGAGCAGAGGCUCCCGGCCUGAGCUCCGCCUUUGAGCCUGGCCCCUCCUUCGCCCCGCUGCCUUGGCUCUGGCCCCGCCCCCAGGCUUCGACACAGAUUUGCUUCCUGGGUUAUGGAUUUGUCCCACUCCGCCUCCGCGGGGCCCGGCACCUCCUCGGCCCCGCCUCCUGGGUUCUGGAUCCACCCCCAUCCCCACCCACGCCUCGACACCACUCUCGCCCCAUCUCCAGGGGUCGUUAGUCCCACCCCUCUUGGAUGGCCCAGCCUUUUGGGGUCUGACUCUGCCCUCCUUAGCCCAGAUUUUCUUCUCGUCCCGCCUCCUGUAUUCUGACUCCCCCCACUCAUUUACUUUGCCUCGGUUUCGCUCUCGCCUCACCUUCAGGGGGCAUAGGUCCCGCCGCUCGUGGACUAGCUCCGCCUCCUAGCGUCUGACUACCCCCUCAGCCCAGAUUUCCCUCUCGUCCCGCCCCUCCGAAGUGCGCCCCUCCUCUCGAACUCUAGCUCCUCCCUCCCAUUCCUGGACUCCGCCCCUGCACCCCUCCAAGGGCGACAGUUCCGCCCCCCGGACCAGAGCAGUGGGUGUUGUGAGCAUAAAACACUGGAGGCGGCACUGUCCCGGACCCGGCUCCGCGCAGGCAGGGGCACUGUGGAGGGCCAUGCAGUGCCUGGGGAUCCGGAGCCGGAGCCGGAGCCGCUCCAGGGAGCUCUACCUGCAGGAGCAGAGCCUUAAGGUGGCGGCACUCAAUGGACGGAGGCUGGGCCUACAGGAUGAUGAGGAUCUACAGGCGCUGCUGAAGGGCAGCCAGCUCCUGAAGGUGAAAUCCAGCUCAUGGAGGAGAGAGCGCUUCUACAAGUUGCAGGAGGACUGCAAGACCAUCUGGCAGGAGUCCCGCAAGGUCAUGCGGACCCCGGAGUCCCAGCUGUUCUCCAUCGAGGACAUUCAGGAGGUGCGAAUGGGGCACCGCACGGAGGGUCUGGAGAAGUUCGCCCGUGAUGUGCCCGAGGACCGCUGCUUCUCCAUUGUCUUCAAGGACCAGCGCAAUACACUAGACCUCAUCGCCCCAUCGCCAGCUGAUGCCCAGCACUGGGUGCUGGGGCUGCACAAGAUCAUCCACCACUCAGGCUCCAUGGACCAGCGUCAGAAGCUACAGCACUGGAUUCACUCCUGCUUGCGAAAAGCUGACAAAAACAAGGACAACAAGAUGAGCUUCAAGGAGCUGCAGAACUUCCUGAAGGAGCUCAACAUCCAGGUGGACGACAGCUAUGCCCGGAAGAUCUUCAGGGAGUGUGACCACUCCCAGACAGACUCCCUGGAGGAUGAGGAGAUUGAGGCCUUCUACAAGAUGCUGACCCAGCGGGUGGAGAUCGACCGCACCUUCGCCGAGGCCGUGGGCUCAGGGGAGACUCUGUCGGUGGAUCAGUUAGUGACGUUCCUGCAGCACCAGCAGCGGGAGGAGGCGGCAGGGCCUGCGCUGGCCCUCUCCCUCAUUGAGCGCUAUGAGCCCAGCGAGACUGCCAAGGCGCAGCGGCAGAUGACCAAGGACGGCUUCCUCAUGUACUUACUGUCGGCUGACGGCAGCGCCUUCAGCCUGGCACACCGCCGUGUCUACCAGGACAUGGGCCAGCCGCUUAGCCACUACCUGGUGUCCUCUUCACACAACACCUACCUGCUGGAGGACCAGCUAGCCGGGCCCAGCAGCACUGAAGCCUACAUCCGGGCACUGUGCAAAGGCUGCCGAUGCCUGGAGCUUGACUGCUGGGACGGGCCCAACCAGGAACCAAUCAUCUACCACGGCUAUACUUUCACUUCCAAGAUCCUCUUCUGCGAUGUGCUCAGGGCCAUCCGGGACUAUGCCUUCAAGGCGUCCCCCUACCCUGUCAUCCUAUCCCUGGAGAACCACUGCACACUGGAGCAGCAGCGCGUGAUGGCGCGGCACCUGCACGCCAUCCUGGGCCCCAUGCUGUUGAACCGACCACUGGAUGGGAUCACCAACAGCCUGCCCUCCCCUGAGCAACUGAAGGGGAAGAUCCUGCUGAAGGGGAAGAAGCUCGGGGGGCUCCUGCCCCCUGCAGGGGAGGGUGGCCCUGAGGCCACUGUGGUGUCAGACGAAGACGAGGCUGCUGAGAUGGAGGAUGAGGCAGUGAGGAGCCGUGUGCAGCACAAGCCCAAGGAGGACAAGCUCAGGCUAGCACAGGAGCUCUCUGACAUGGUCAUUUACUGCAAGAGUGUCCACUUUGGGGGCUUCUCCAGUCCUGGCACCCCUGGGCAGGCCUUCUACGAGAUGGCGUCCUUCUCUGAGAACCGUGCCCUUCGACUGCUCCAAGAAUCAGGAAACGGCUUUGUCCGCCACAACGUGGGGCACCUGAGCAGAAUCUACCCGGCUGGAUGGAGAACAGACUCCUCCAACUACAGCCCCGUGGAGAUGUGGAAUGGGGGCUGCCAGAUCGUGGCCCUGAAUUUCCAGACACCUGGGCCAGAGAUGGACGUGUACCAGGGCCGCUUCCAGGACAACGGGGCCUGUGGGUACGUGCUGAAGCCCGCCUUCCUGCGAGACCCCAACGGCACCUUUAACCCCCGCGCCCUGGCUCAGGGGCCCUGGUGGGCACGGAAGCGGCUCAACAUCAGGGUCAUUUCGGGGCAGCAGCUGCCAAAAGUCAACAAGAAUAAGAAUUCAAUUGUGGACCCCAAAGUGACAGUGGAGAUCCAUGGCGUGAGCCGGGACGUGGCCAGCCGCCAGACUGCUGUCAUCACCAACAAUGGUUUCAACCCAUGGUGGGACACGGAGUUUGCGUUUGAGGUAGUUGUGCCUGACCUUGCCCUCGUCCGCUUCUUGGUGGAAGAUUAUGAUGCCUCCUCCAAGAAUGACUUCAUUGGCCAGAGUACCAUCCCCUUGAACAGCCUCAAGCAAGGAUACCGCCAUGUCCACCUCAUGUCUAAGAACGGGGACCAGCAUCCAUCAGCCACCCUCUUUGUGAAGAUCUCCCUCCAGGACUAGGCUGGAGGAAGCCAGUGGGGUCCCCCCUGAGUGGGCUGGGCCCUCUGUCCACAUGUGGGGACAGGGCUGGUGUGGCUGCUCCCAGCCUCUUGCUCAGAGCUAGGCCCCCAAACUGCCUUCAGCUCUAACAUAGUGUCUGCUGCUGCCUCCCUGGGGACCAGGAGCUAGCCCAGUCCCUGGAGCUGUCCUUCAUUCCGUUAGGAAUAACACUGCAGCCCUCUCCACCCUCCGGCCAGCGAGUGGUCAAGGGUUUUUAUAAAAAUCAUGAUAAGAUUAA